AUGACCACCUCGACCGAGAGAUUCUCUGCGGCUGCCUAUGCAGACGACGGCAAACACCACAUUCUCCUUGCAGCCAGUGGCUCAGUGGCGACGAUCAAAAUUCCGCAGAUUGCAGCGGCAUUGUCGCGCCACCACCGGGUGUCCAUCCGCAUCGUUCUCACGGGUUCCGCUGAAGAAUUCCUUCAAGGUCAGUCGGCCGAACAGCCCCGGCUGAAGUCCCUCCUGGAUCUGCCGAACGUCGAUGGGAUACAUCAGGACGAUGAGGAGUGGUCCAAGCCGUGGGUGCGAGGCGACAAGAUUCUACACAUCGAGCUGAGGCGGUGGGCGCAUGUCCUUCUCGUGGCCCCUCUCUCCGCCAACUCCCUUGCGAAAAUGGUCAAUGGGAUCAGCGAUGGACUAUUGCUCAGCGUGAUUCGCGCCUGGGAUACGACGGGACUCGUGGACAUGCGCAAGAAGAGGAUCUUCGUCGCGCCUGCGAUGAACACCGCCAUGUGGCGGCACCCGAUCACCAGGAAACAGAUCAAUGUCCUCGAACGCGAGUGGGGGACGGGCGAGGAGGGAUGGAUCACGGUGCUGAGACCGAUGGAGAAAGAGCUGGCUUGUGGAGAUAUAGGCGACGGUGCCAUGAUGGAUUGGAAACAGAUUGUUGACUACGUCGAGGUGCACCUGGGGCUUGAUCUACAAACGACAGCCGACACGUGA